AUGGCCAACAUCGAUCCCGUAAAUGAGCCAUAUGAUGACAAUUUGUAUUUUGAUCCCUCGGUUUUGGAUCAAAAUGAAUAUGAAGAUUUCUCUCACUUCUUCCAAGUUGAUAUUGUGUUCGAUAGUAGGGAAGAAUUAAUCAACUGGGCCAAAGCAACUGCAGUUAGUCAUUGUCACCGUUUGAUUUAUCAGUCUAGAAGGGAGAAUGCACAGUACUUGACGUGUGAUAAAUACAGACAUGGCCGACAAACGAAUAUCGAUGUGGAAGAUCCUAGAAACACAGGAACAAAAAAAUGUGGUUGUCCGUUUAAAUUGUUUGGCAAAAAGUCAAGGUUUGAUGAAUUAUGGCGGUUGACUGUCAGCGAUGGUAGGCAUAGUCAUCGUCCGGCUUUGUUUCCUCACGGACAAGGUACGACUAGUCGUAUAACUCCACAACAGAAAGCAAGAAUUAAAGAAUUGCGAAAUUCUCACGUGAAGCCAAUGCUAAUCAUGGAUAGAUUGAGGAAAGAUGAUCCGACGAUACAAACCUCUAUGAAGCAUGUUUACAAUGAGUUGGCCAAGAUUAAAUCUGAGGAAAUGGAGGGCAUGACUGUUAUUCAGUUUAUGAUGCAUAACUUUCAACAAGGCGAGUAUCGAUAUUGGCAUCGCGUCGGUAGUGAAACGAGCAACACGAUUACAAAUAUUAUGUUUGCAUGUCCCGAAUCUAUUAAGUUACUACGGCUGUUCCCGUAUGUUAUAUUGAUGGACUGCACAUACAAAACCAAUAAGUAA